UGGCAGUGCGCAUGUGCGAAAUUUUAAAGAGAGACGUUUGAGGAACUUAAACUGCAGACGAUAUCUAUGCUUAUAAUUAACAGCCUUCAAUAAAGUUUACUAUUGAGGUUCACGGCAAACGGAUCCCAAUAGGCACACGGACAGAAAGAAAACCAUGUCAACUCAGCCUCUCAUCAAAUCAAAGCAGACCGAGAAAUCAAUCAAUGGAAUAUCCACACAGGUUGUUUGCACAGAAUUCAGUAACUACAUAUUUAUAGUUCUCACACAGUAUGGAAAAAUUGGCACUUUAGUAUCAGUCACACCUGACUCCAGAUCCGGUGAUAUCAGCACUUCCAUGUUCACCACUAAAGUAUUGCUGGGAAAAGAAGAGGCUUUGACACACGUCUGUGCCAAAAACUUGGCAACAUUUGUGUCACAAGAGGCAGGCAACAGGCCUGUUCUACUGGGGUUGGCACUGAAGGACAGUUCCAUAGAAGCAAUAAAGGCCAUGAAAGAUGUAAUAAAAAGUUGUCAAGUCUGGUAACUACUGGUACAGGGAACAAGCAACAGAAUAGACUACCUGGAAAGACAAUUUAAGAAAAGGCUUCAUACACUUAACACAUUUUUUUCCUCAAUGUUUUUCCAUCCUUUAAAAAUGUAUUUUGUUGUCUGUUGUUACUUCUAAGCAUGUUGUUGUAAUAAAUGCCAUAUAAAUGGGAA